AUGGUGGUGAGUUUCUCGUUUAAGUCUUGAAAAAAAUAAUUUUCUGGCUUGUUUGUUUCUUUCCAACAUUUCCAGUUUUUUUUUCACUCACCAGGGAAUUACUCGGACUCGGGUACGCGGAUCGAGUUGAAACUUCAAUGGUUUGUACUUGAAAACCAGAGAGAAUAUCUGCUACACCCAAUAGAGAACUGAGAAAAAAAUAGUAGAAAAUGUGGAAAUUAGGUCUGAAAUUUUUUUCAAAAUACUGCUUUUUUUACCUCAUUUUAUAUUUUAAUACAAUCGCGUUGAAUGAUCCGGUUAUGAUAAACUCUAAAAAAGUUUUUUUCAGCCAAAAGAAGGAGGAAAGCAAAAAUUUGAUAAUUUUCAAGCCUAAACUGUUCAUUUUCAAAAAGCUUUUUCUCAGAAGCCUAUGGGGUUCAGCAGAUAUUCUCUCUUGUUUCCAAGUACUCUUACCAGGGUCUAUAAGCCAAAAAAGUUUCAACUCGAAACGCGUACCCGAGUCCGAGUAGUUCCCUAGUCAGGGUCUUUUUGACAUCAUAAAGGGAAUAUUGAUUUCAUGCCGUGUUCAAUUUGAUUCAUUUCAAUUCAUUUCAAUUUGUUUUUUUUUUCGCAACAUCGGGAUGGUAUGGUGAUGUUGCAGGGAGGGAAAAAGACCACUAGGUGGAUUAACUAACCCCACCUUUGAAGAAAAAAGUUUUUUGUGUAAGAAAAGAAACAUAGAACCAUAAUAAGUAGAUAUUUAAAACCAAGUUGAUUAUGGCACAAAUCUGUGAACACUUGAAAGAAUAUGCUCGACGCCAACAAUUUCUGCAUACACUAAAAACAUGUCCUUAAAUUGUUUCUUGUCUUCCUCUCCCAGUAAUUCAUGUUCAACGUCAUUCCAAACAUUAGUAAUGCGAUGUGAUAAGAAAUUGAAGAAAACCAGUGAAGGUUUCGUUUUUAUUAAUUUAAAACCAUUUCCUCUGAGCUGACUGGGAUGGUCAAAGAUGUUAUGUACCUGGAUGGAAGAGUCUGACCAGCACUUAUUAUGCAAAAACUGAUGUGAUAAUACCAGAUCUUCAACUAAACGCCUAAACCAAAGAGGUUGAAGACCUAAAAGUUUAAACCGUUCAUUAUAUUCCAUUCUUGGGAAAAGGCGCUUCGUGAAACGCCUCUGGACCGAUUCUAAUCGAUCAAUAUCUGACUUUGUCAAUGGACACAUUAGUUCCGAACCAUACUCUAGAAUGGGAAGUACCUUGGCCUUAUAGCAUGUCAAGAAGUUUUGUUUCGAGAAGCUAAAAUAGCGGAAUAGGUUGAUUAUAAUACGCAUAGUUUUUUUGACGAUAACUUCAAUAUUAUUAUGCAUUUUGAGGUUAGAUUAAAAAAAUAACUCCGAGAUCUUUCACACAAUCCUCGUUAUACACUGUUGUACCAUUAAGCUCGUAACUCGCAACACUUCGAACUCGUUUCCCAUAACUAACAUGGAGACUUUUAUUUGCUGAAAGUAUGAGUUGUCUAUCUGCAAGAAAAUUUUCAAUAGAAUGGAGACCCUCUUGUAGCUUGUUUUGAUAUCCUGGAACAGAACUGCUAAUCAUUACUUUGCAAUCAUCCGCGUAAAUCAACAGUUUACUAUAUUUAAGUGCUUUAUCCAAAUCGUUAAUGUAAACAAGAAACAUUAAAGGACCUAAACAGCUUCCCUGUGGAACCUCAGAAAUGACUUCGAUAUCUCCCGAAAAUUUAUCAUUUACUUUUACUUUUUGAGUCCUGUUAGUCAAAUAAGCUCUAAUCCAGUGACCAAGUUUUCCUUUACAUCCGUAAGCUUCAAGUACGGUUAAAAGUUCACGGUGACUGACUGUGUCAAAAGCCUUUGAUAUAUCCAAGUAAAUACAGGCAACAUUGUUUUUAUUGUAAACUUCUUCAAAAAUGUAUCUUUGUUUCUCCAGUAAGUGAGUUAUUGCACUCCGAUUGUUCAAAAAUCCGAACUGAGUUUUAGAAAAAAUUUUGCUACGCCAAAGAUGAUUUCUUAAAGCUCUCACUACAAUUGCUUCGAAAAAUUCGGCAUGGCACACAGGUUAAAGAGACGGGCCUAUAAUUUUCAGCAGCGGAAGGGUUUCCUUUUUUGAAUACUGGAGAAACAAUAGAUUCCGCGAAAUGAUCUUUGACUCUCCAACAUUUUGUGAUCUUUUCCUUUCUCUAACGGGUUUUUUGCAUUGCGCGGAAUCGAAUUGAAUACAUAAAUUUGAAAAGAAAUUGAAACAAAAACGGACGACCCAAAAGUUUUCCUACCCAUGUAAGACGUGAACCAUAACUUGAUUUUUUUUUCAGCUUCCAUUAUCGCUCUUACGAACAGCACAAAACCAUCCUAUGUUGGUGGAAUUGAAAAAUGGAGAGACGUAUAACGGACAUCUUCAAGCAUGUGACACUUGGAUGAAUGUCCAUCUUCGGGAUGUGAUCUACACGUCUAAGGUAAACUGGUCAACUACGUACUCGAAUCAAUUUUUCUUUUUCAAGGAUGGAGAUAAAUUCUACAAAAUUCCGGAGGUUUACAUUAGAGGGUCAACCAUCAAAUAUUUGCGUAUCCCAGACACGGUCAGUUCUCAAGUUUUCUUUAAAUUUCGGUUUUGAGUCUGCCGUUCCUUGCAGAUGAAAUUUUUGAUAAAUAAUUUUGUUGAUCAACAACUCUUUUCACGAACCUUAGCUAACAGCCACACUACGCUUCCGAUUUCUCAGAAAUGAAAUUAAAAAUUUUUUCGUCUCGAUUUUUCAUUUUCACGUUGUUUCAAGUUUAAAAAUCAACACAGAGUGUAACUUUUAUAAAAAAAAGUUUUGCCUGUUUUUUUUGAAGAAGGAUUCGCAAAUAGUAUAUACUCGUACAUUUUCUGAAAAAAUGCGAACAGAAAAAAAUUAUCAAAAAAGAAAAGUAUGGUUUAUUCUCUUUGUUUUUUUGGUGGUAUGAAAAAAACACCAGCGAAAAUUGAAACGGCGACUUUUCCGAUUUUUUCAUAUCGCUAGGGAACUUUCCGACGGCCACCUUUCCGACGGAUCUCUUUCCGACUUUUUUUCCCUCAUUUUUUUCGGUUUGUAAAACAUCUAUUCACAUUUUUUUAUUCCUGUUUCUUUGUGUUUUAAUCAUGGACCAACUACCUACUUUAUAUAGGAAUAUUUGAAAACGAAGAGUUUAUCGAGAAAAAAAAGUCGGAAAAAGUUUCGUCGGAAAGGUGGCCGUCGGAAAGCUCCCUAGCGAUAUGAAAAAAUCGGAAAAAUCGCCGUUUGAUUUUUCGCUGGUGUUUUUUUCAUACCACCGUUUUUUUCACUUUAUAUCCGAUGGUCCGCGAUUACUUUAUUCCACUAAAAAAAAGUAAGGAGGCGGAAUAACAAUCCGCAAUUAAUUUUCUUCUUUUUUUUGCAUUUUCUUUGAAAAAUUAAUUUCUUCCAAGUGACAUGUUAAAGCAUGCGUUUAGAGAAAUUAUCACAAUUUCGACUUUUUGUGAAAAAAUCAGAUAGUAUUUGACUUUUAAUGUGUUUCAUCACGAAAUAUCAGAAAAUGCAUUUUUUUUUUUCAGGUAGUGGACCUUGUGAAAAACGAAGUCAACGAGGUGCGACGUCAACAGAAAGACCAGCAACGGUCUCGGAAGCCUAUGGGACGCGGCGGCGGUCCUCACAGAGGCGGACGAGGAGGUUCUGCAGCGCCUCGUGGUGGUGGUCGCGGACGCGGAAAGUAA